AUGGAACAGCACUGCUCGACUUGCCGUGAAGCUAUCACUGGUAUCGAGCAAAUCGCUUGCAAAGGAGUCUGCAGCAAGCGAUUCCACAUCGCGUGCACUGGAUUGUCUAAAAGUUUGGCCAGACAAAUUGAUACUACGUCCAAUAAUGUUUUCUGGUUCUGUGAUGACUGUGCAGCGAUUAUUUCAAAUCCUAGUUUCCGUUCGAUGGCAUUUAAUGCUUCUGCUGAAACCAACGCAAUUGCGCAACUCACAAACGCAAUAACCGAGUUGCGUUCAGACAUUAAGCAGCUUGCUCCGAAACCGAUCCGUACCCCUCUGUGGAAUAAGUCAACGCCCACGUCCACGCCCAUUGAGCUAAGGCGUCCAAUGAAGCGAAUUCGGGUCCCUGAUGCUGUUUCGACUGAGCCGUGUCAACUUGGGUCCAGAAAUGCUUCAAACGAUUUAGUAUCCGUUCCACUUUGUGAUGACGAAAACCCCAAGUUGCUCUGGAUUUACUUGUCACGCAUCAAACCUGACGUCACUGAAGAUGCUGUCAAGGCAAUGGUCCAUGCCAACCUUGGUGUGGAGGAUGCGAAUGAUUGUAUUUCCGGGAAUUCGUGGAUUACAGCUCGAAGCAGUUUCGCGGUCCUCAACAAUAACAGUAACCAGCCAUCAGAAAACCUUAUUUUGAUUCCGGGACGCAUCAUUCAUGCCAAUUCGGAAGUUCUCUACUCUGGCCACCAACGACCGACUGUUCCUGCUGCAAGUCGUCCCGUUAAUCGGUCAGGUGGUUCAGAGGGAGGCUUCCAAUUGCCAUGCUAUGGCAAGUAUACAUCUGUUUCAAAGUUUUCUCCCAGUGACGCGUUUAUGCCUUCCAGCUUCACAUGUGCCUUGGAUUGUGCGUUUUUCAUACCUAAUGAUGCACGCUUCGGAGCUGAUGCCAGCCUUAUACUGCAGCCUACCGCUAACAGCUGUUCAGAUAUCGAUGCUAACUCGGCGUUUUUUAACUGGAAUUCGGGACGCACCACUCAAAGCAAUUGGGAAGUUCUUUACCCGGACCACCAACGACUGACUGUUCCUGCUUCAAGUCAUCCCGUUUAUCGGUCAGGUGGUUCUGGGGGAGGCUUCCAAUUGCCAUUUAAUGGCAAGUAUCCUUCGGUUUUAUGUAUUCCAUCUAGUCACACACCUCUGCCUUCUAGUCCCGAACCGUGUGCGUCGAGUUCGACAGUACCUUUCGAUAAGUGGGAUGUUUGCCCAAAUGGAAAUUUUGCUGAAAAUUUGCUGAUUGGAUCACCGGGAUGCAACGAACUUAGCACAAUGGAGGCCCCCAAGCCCUUCGUCACAGUCGCGCACUCUCGCCCUAUUGACCAUCGCAAAACACGCCCAAUUGACGCAUCCAAUUUAUCUGACGCGCUGCGCCUGUAUUACCAGAACGUGCGUGGUUUGAAAUCAAAGAUUUGUGAGUGCUUCGUUGCUACAUCAGAGCUCGGCUACGAAAUCUACUCAUUCACCGAAACCUGGCUCGAUUCUUCAGUACCGUCUAGUCAGCUGUUCGGCUCUGAUUAUAAUGUAUUUCGUUGUGACAGAAGUAGUGUCAAUAGUCGUCGUAGCAGGGGUGGCGGAGUACUUAGGGGCUGUUCACUAAUUACUUCGUUUUUAAUUGGUACAGCAUAUAUUCCACCGGAAAAAAGUCAAGAUGGAUCAAUUAUCGAUCAGCAUGUUGAUGGCUUAUCUGAAGUUAGAUUGCAACAUCCUUCGUGCAGCGUUAUUCUUCUUGGUGACUUCAACCAACCGCAAUUGACGUGGAUUCGUGGUGACAGUAACAGUAUGGUGAUAGACUCUACUUCAGUAUUAACAUCGGCUAGUGCAUCACUUUUGGAUGGAAUGCAACUGAAUGGAAUGGAUCAAAGAAACUCUCUACGCAAUUCUCAAAACCGAACGCUGGACUUGGUUUUUACGGACGAUUCUAUCUCAAUAAGCUCGGUCACUGAGGCCAUCGAUGCCGUUGUUCCGAUUGACACGUACCAUCCUCCGUUCAAUUUUGAUAUCUCUUUUCCAAACCCUAUCGUUUUUGAUGAGGCGUUCGAUACUUCAGCUCGCAACUUCAAUCGCGCAGAUUUUGACACGAUGAAUCGAGUCCUUUCUGAAAUCAAUUGGACGGAUUUCCUCAAUUGUACGGACGUUGAUAUUGCCGUGAGAGUAUUUAGCUCAAUUUUGGAUGAUGUUUUUAACAACUCAGUACCCUUGGUGCGACCUCCUCUUCGACCUCCCUGGAGUAAUGGACGCCUAAAGCGGUUAAAACAGUUACGUUCUAAAUUACUUAGAAAGUUCACUAGCUCCAGGUGCCCUUUCACUAAAAUGAAAUUGAACAUUGCUACACGAAAAUAUCGCAGUUUCAACCGUUUUUGCUAUCGACGCUAUGUUGCUCGUACGCAAAGGGAGCUUCGCCGCAAUCCGAAAAAGUUCUGGAAAUUUGUCAACUCAAAACGGAAGGAAUCCGGUCUGCCUGCGGUACUCCAACUAAAUGAUAGAAUUGCAACGUCUUCUGCCGAAAAAUGUAACCUCUUCGCGAUGCACUUCUCCAGUGUUUUCUCUGAUCUAUCGCCAACUGCUGAUCAAAUUUUCGCAGCCGUCACACGGUUACCCAUAGAUGUGUUGAAUCUGGAUGUUUUUUCUAUAAGCGAGGAAAUGGUUCUUGAAGCCAUUGGUAAACUGAAGUAUACUACAUCAGCCGGACAGGAUGGAAUUCCGGCGUGCGUUCUUAAGAAGUGUCGUACUCUUUUAGUGAAACCACUUACUCACAUCUUUAACCGGUCCCUAGAACAGCAAAAAUUCCCCGACCUCUGGAAAAGAUCGUUUAUGAGCCCAGUCUAUAAAAAAGGUGAUAAGCAAAAUAUUCUCAACUACCGUGGUGUCACAUCACUAGCUGCCUGCUCGAAGGUAUUAGAGAGGAUCGUAAACGAUGUAAUUUUCUCAGCUUGUCGGAACUGGAUCUCUGAAAAUCAGCACGGAUUUUUCCCUAAACGAUCGGUAACCACGAAUUUGACAGUUUUUACAUCAUAUUGCAUAUCACAAAUGGAUGGCGGAAAGCAAAUUGAUGCAAUUUAUACUGAUAUUUCGGCUGCAUUCGAUUCAGUGAAUCACGAUAUUCUCCUGAAAAAAUUGCAACGUUUGGGAUGUUCUGAACGACUGUGUGCUUGGAUAAAAAGUUAUCUUACGAAUCGCCGUUUAGCUGUCAGAAUUGGUUCUGCAGAAUCUCCUGAUUUUAUUCCAAAGUCUGGGGUUCCACAAGGUAGCAACUUGGGCCCUCUGUUGUUUACAAUGUUCUGUAAUGACAUUAAUUUGCUUCUGAUUGGCUGUGGAGUUCUCCUGUAUGCGGAUGACCUAAAAAUAUUUUUGGUUAUAAACAGUUUAGCUGAUUGUUACGAGUUACAAGGCUUCCUGGACAUGGUUGUGAACUGGUGUGCUGAUAAUUUACUGGUUUUAAGCGUUGCUUAG